AUGGCAGCAAGCAGAGAGAAUAAGGAAGAUGCAAAAGCAGAAACCCCUGAUAAAACCAUCAGAUCUCAUGAGACGCUAAAAAAUGCUACCAGCAGUGUAAAAGCCAAAGAAAAAGAGCCAGAGGCAAAUAAGAAACAACGAAGGCAGCUCCAGCCGGGCCUGAGCGGUGCUAGCACCUUCCCCAGGAGACCCUUGCAGUUCUCCGUGGUAACCAAGUGCGACCGAAAGGCCGUGAUCAAAUAUGCGGACAUGUCGGAAGAGAUGCAACAGGACUCAGUGGAGUGCGCUGCUCAGGCGCUGGAGAAAUACAACAUAGAGGACACUGCGGCUCAUAUCAAGAAGGAAUUUGACAAGAAGUACAAUCCCACCUGGAGUUGCGUCGUGCGGAGGAACUUCGGUAGUUACCUGACACAUGAAACCAAACACUUCAUCUACUUCUACCUGGGCCAAGUGGCCAUUCUUCUGUUCAAAUCUAGUUAAA